AUGACUUCAGCGCUCUGCACGACGAACCGCAACGCUGACUGCGAGCUUAUUCACUCUCUGCCAAUUGGACGAAGCUGCAGCGUCGAAUACGUGGAGUCAUUCUCACAUGUCACUUCCUCUCUCUCAGCCUCUCCUUGCUGCUGCAUUUCCGCGCUGCUCUCGCUUGGCUACAAACAGCAUCAUGUCACCGUCCGUCUCCAUUCCUCUCGGUCAUCUGAGCGCAUGCAUCAUCAACUCGAUAGCUUCGCGACCCUCCCACAACUGAUCGCUUUCCUUGGCCGUGAGUCACCAAUUGUCGGCCAAUUGCUCGGCCGAGCUCAUCGCAUGCUGCUUUCUCGACACCACCGGACGAAAUCGGGUCGUCUGAAAGCUGACGAAAGGCUAAACGUGCGCGGAAUUGACCCCAGGAAGCCGGCCGAUAUCGGGACCAUUUUCAAAUUUUGUCCUUCUCACGCUACUGGCAAUAGUCGCCUCGAGAAGACCCAGCUAUACCGUGGACGUGAAAGAGCUUGGCUGAGAAGUGCCACCGGUUGCGGGAGUCUUCUGGGAGCUCUUCACAAUAAUGGUACAUACCGACGCUCGAGAGGCCAUCUGCUCUGCAUAUUAUACCCGCACAGAAUCAGAAUCGCUCUCGAUGCAAAGCGCACAAGUGAGAACGUUUGUUUGAUACAUAGUCUCUUACUGUAUGACCAUGAUGACCCCGGUCAUAUGUCUCCGGUCCGAACACCCUCGCAGCCGAGUAGGCAACGGAAUGAAAGUCAGGUGCAUGGUAUUUCACAUUUCAUGUCUUCAUUGAUGGCUGUAACUGAAGUAUCCAUGUUUGCCUGCGACUGGAAACAGUCUCUGACGGCUGAGCGGCAUGGCAAUGCUUCACCAGCUACACAGUGUGGCUCAUAUCGGAUUCCUUGUAGUCCGACCCAAAAACAUGAUAAAUAUUACGUACCGGCGUGGGACGCACAUCUGAAGUAUCAGCGGAGAUGGUACAAGAGACAAGACAUCAUGGGACCUUCAGUCCUCCUGCAUCUAAGUUAG